CGCGUGUCGAGCCCCCACAUCUCAAGAUCAAGUCUCUCGGCGAUGCGGACGGCGGCGUGGCUCGUAUUUGCAGGCUCUGUGGCCUCCACAGCUCUAGCGUCCGGACCAAAGUUCUACUACGGCUUCAGCGACUGCGUGGACGACAAGCGUACGCUCUUCUACUACUUGAAAAGCGAGGGCACGUGCUCGUCCAACACAACGGGCCACGUGCUCGCAAAACCUCCUGUGCGUGGUCUCCGCUGUGACGUGCAAUGUGAUCGUGGGUUUUAUCUCGGCGCCAAUUUUACAGGACCUGCACCUGUAUCCGCUUGUGAGCGCUGUCCACAGGGCAAAUAUUCACUAGGUGGAGGCAAAUUGUUCUCUCAACGCACGGAUGCAUGGACUUCCCCCCUUGCGGCCGAGUUGCAGACCGAUUGUAUGACCCAAAACAUGUACACGGGUCAAUGGCAGCAUAACUGCAACCCAUGGGUUCCUUCCGCCGAUGGGUCUUACAUCUCCUCAGGCCAGAACUCUGGCGUAAUGCAGAAUUUCGAAGGCACGAGACUUUAUUCCACACUUCGAGUCAGUGCCACGUUUGUUCGUGACGGCUCUGUGACGUACAAGUACCGUGUGGACGCGGAACAGCCCUAUGACGGUCUUAUGUUCCAGAUAGAUGACGACCAAAGCACCGGACUAAUCUCCCAGUCCGAUGGCUGGAAGGAAGCAGUCGUGCAGGUCUCAGCUGGAGCGCACACUCUGGCCUGGAACUAUAUGAAGGACUACGCUGGAGACGCCGGAGAAGACAAAGCCUACCUCAAGGUGAUCGAACUAGUGGGUACAGCUUGGUCCGACCUGCAUUGCCACACUUGUGGCGGAGAUAUGACCAAUAGCGGAGGGUCAUUGUGUGCCUUCUGUGGGCCCAAUGAAUACGCCGCAGCAAAAUCCAACAGCGAGUUGGAUUUUACGUGCUACUCGUGUCCUCCCAACACGUACGCACCGAAAGGAUCUAUCGGCAUUUCGUCGUGUGUAGAGCAGCGUCCGUGCUCAAUGGACGACGUGGAUGAGACUUUUACGUCGUGUAAAAAUGGUGUACGGAACGUGAAAUACGCGUGGAGUGAGCCGCAGUCGUGUGAUUCGACGCUCAAGAGCAGUAUCGCGCUGCCGAAAUCAAAGAAAGGAGUGUCAUGCGCGAGCUGUGCACGUGGCUACCAGCUCAAUGAAGAGGACGCAUGUGAAGCUUGUGGUGCGAACCAGGCGUUAAGCGCCUCGGGGACGUGUAAGGAGUGUCCACCCGGCACGGUUGUCGUGAAUGCUCUUGAGUUCGGCACGGGGACGCCGGAUGCGUGGGACUCUUGGCCUCAACUAGUCGACAUGGAAGGUGCGAAACAUGCUGGUUGGAAGCUGACAAAGAGCGGGCUGCUGUUCGCACAACACACGAGCAAUGAUGACGAUGGAGACUGGAGUCGACCAAGUCGUUCAGCACUGACUUUCAACGUGCCUUUCGUGCAUUCUGGAGCGUUUAACUUGACCUACAAGCUAAGUGGCGUCCCCACGUUUGAAGAGAAUGGUUCUCGUGCGUGGGUGGAGCUGGAAGUACGAGAUGCUGGUGUCAGUAGCAAGAAAUCCAAGAAGGAAGCGGAUAUUCCCAGUGCGUUAGGUAGCUACGAUGGCGUCGAUGGCAGUGAGAACAAGAACGUUGUUCACUUGCUUCAUGGCGGCGAGAACGGCACGUUCAGUGAGAUUAUCCAGGUCAAUGUGACGACUGCGGUGGUCAAAGAGUUCGUCUUUGCAGUCCGUGCGACAUCUGUCGAAGCGAAGCGUGCGAUCGAGGCCAAGGUGUCGUAUUUAGGCUUCACGGGUACACAAGAAGGCGCUGGUGUGAGCUGUGACAGCUGUCCUUCCGGUUACGAACCGGUUAACACUGACGACGAACCGCAGAUGAGCUGUCGUAUCUGUCCCGCUGGUACAUUCGCUGAAGCUGGAGACGCAACUGGCAUCGUCGCGUGUGCGGAGUGUCCAGUCAAUACGUACUCGAAACAGGGCGCUUCCAAGUGUACUCCGUGUGGCGAGAACACGUACAGUAGUGUCGGUGCAGUGACCUGUGCUGCUCCUCAAGCUCUGACACUGAACGCUAGUGCAUCAUCGGAAUCCGUGACGUUGUCGUCGUCGGCGUCGUCCGAUGUCGUGUCCUCAGCGCUUACUGGUCUGCAGGUGACGUACAACUUGUCCCUUCUGGAGGCGCUAGUGUGGGGGAAUGAGAGCUGGAUCUUGGAUGAUACGGUGUACGGGAACGCGACGAGCUUGCAGUCUAUGAAGCCUGUGGAGUCGUCGAUGGCCUUCCAGGCUGACGGUCAGAAUUACUGGUUCGCAGGUCUGUUCCGUCCACUUGGAAGCGGCUGGUUGGAACAAGUUCCCGGUCAGAUUGUGGACCAAGAAGUGGACACCAGUAAAGAAGUGGCUCACGUGGUGUUCGCCAGUAUGAUUAACCCUCGUGAAGCGGGUCGCUACUUCCAGCAGAACAGCGGAGUCUACGGCAAUGUCAUGUGCUCGGCCCCAUCGCAAUGGAAACUUGUGAAUGGAGGCAGCCACAUGGACAUUUUACCGUUGAAUUCUGGCGCUGGAGUCAAGGUUUCCUUCACUAACGGGUCGCCUUGUGUCGAUGGCAAGACUAUGUCCACUACCUUUAAUUUCGAGUACGACUAG